GCGCGCGCCACUCGCGGCGGCGAUGUGACCCGGGCGGGCGGGCAGCGGCACCGGCACUGCCACCGGCCCGUCCCGUCCGCGGCCCCGGCCCGCCCUGCCCCGGAGCCACCCGGCCCGCGGACGCACCCCCCAUGCCCGCUCACGGCCGCCCGCCGGUAGCGGCUGACGCCUGCGGGGCCCGAGGAGGCGAUGGCUGCGGAUCUGGUGGUGCUGCUCUGCCUGGCCGCCGCCGCGGCCGCCGUGGAAGAAACUUUGAUGGAUACGCGGACGGCAACGGCCGAGCUGGGCUGGACCGCCAACCCACCUUCAGGGUGGGAAGAAGUCAGUGGCUACGACGAGAACCUCAACACCAUCCGUACGUACCAGGUGUGCAACGUCUUCGAGCCCAACCAGAACAACUGGCUCCUCACCACCUUCAUCAACCGGCGCGGGGCUCACCGCAUCUACACCGAGAUGCGCUUCACUGUGCGGGACUGCAGCAGCCUCCCCAACGUCCCCGGCUCCUGCAAGGAGACCUUCAACCUCUACUACUACGAGACAGACUCUGUCAUUGCCACCAAGAAGUCCGCCUUCUGGACGGAGGCACCCUACCUCAAAGUGGACACCAUCGCUGCUGACGAGAGCUUCUCCCAGGUGGACUUUGGGGGCCGGCUGAUGAAGGUGAACACGGAAGUGAGAAGUUUCGGGCCCCUGACCCGCAAUGGCUUUUACCUGGCUUUCCAGGACUAUGGGGCUUGCAUGUCUCUGCUGUCUGUCAGGGUCUUCUUCAAGAAGUGCCCCAGCGUGGUGCAGAACUUCGCCAUCUUCCCGGAGACGAUGACGGGUGCGGAGAGCACCUCUCUGGUGACGGCGCGCGGCACCUGCAUCCCCAACGCCGAGGAGGUGGACGUGCCCAUCAAGCUGUACUGCAACGGCGACGGCGAGUGGAUGGUGCCCAUCGGCCGCUGCACCUGCAAGGCUGGCUAUGAGCCCGAGAACAACGUGGCUUGCAAAGCCUGCCCUGCAGGGACGUUCAAGGCCAGCCAGGGCGCGGGGCUGUGCGUGCCGUGCCCCCCAAACAGCCGCUCCACCGCCGAGGCCUCGCCGCUCUGCGCCUGCCGCAACGGCUACUACCGGGCAGACUUCGACCCGCCGGCCGCCGCCUGCACCAGUGUCCCAUCCGGCCCCCGCAACGUCAUCUCCAUCGUCAACGAGACGUCCAUCAUCCUGGAGUGGCACCCGCCGCGGGAGACGGGCGGCCGGGACGACGUCACCUACAACAUCGUGUGCAAGAAGUGCCGCUCGGACCGGCGCGCCUGCUCCCGCUGCGACGACAACGUGGACUUCGUGCCCCGCCAGCUGGGGCUCACCGACACCCGCGUCUUCAUCAGCAACCUCUGGGCUCACACCCCCUACACCUUCGAGAUCCAGGCGGUCAACGGCGUGUCCAGCAAGAGCCCCUUCCCACAGCAGCACGUCUCCGUCAACAUCACCACCAACCAGGCUGCCCCCUCCACCGUGCCCAUCAUGCACCAGGUGAGUGCCACCAUGAGGAGCAUCACGCUGUCCUGGCCCCAGCCUGAGCAGCCCAACGGGAUCAUCCUGGACUACGAGAUCCGCUACUAUGAGAAGCUGAGCCGCAUCUGCACGCCCGACGUGGGCAGCACCGUGGGCUCCAGGCCGGCCCCGGACCACAACGAGUACAACUCAUCCAUGGCGCGCAGCCAGACGAACACGGCGCGGCUGGAGGGGCUGCGGCCCGGCAUGGUCUACGUGGUGCAGGUGCGCGCCCGCACCGUGGCCGGCUACGGCAAGUACAGCGGCAAGAUGUGCUUCCAGACCCUCACCGACGACGAUUACAAGUCAGAGCUGAGAGAGCAGCUGCCUUUGAUCGCGGGCUCCGCGGCGGCCGGGGUGGUCUUCAUCGUCUCCCUGGUGGCCAUUUCCAUCGUCUGCAGCAGGAAGCGUGCCUACAGCAAGGAGGCCGUGUACAGUGACAAACUGCAGCACUACAGCACCGGCAGAGGGUCCCCAGGGAUGAAGAUCUACAUCGACCCCUUCACCUACGAGGACCCCAACGAAGCCGUCCGAGAGUUCGCCAAGGAGAUCGAUGUGUCCUUUGUGAAGAUUGAAGAAGUCAUUGGGGCAGGGGAGUUUGGAGAGGUGUACAAAGGGCGCCUGAAGUUGCCAGGCAAGCGGGAGAUCUACGUGGCGAUCAAGACGCUCAAGGCCGGCUACUCGGAGAAGCAGCGCCGCGAUUUCCUGAGCGAGGCCAGCAUCAUGGGCCAGUUCGACCACCCCAACAUCAUUCGCCUGGAAGGGGUGGUCACCAAGAGCCGGCCGGUCAUGAUCAUCACGGAGUUCAUGGAGAACGGUGCCUUGGACUCCUUCCUGCGGCAAAACGAUGGGCAGUUCACAGUGAUCCAGCUGGUGGGAAUGCUCAGAGGGAUUGCUGCUGGGAUGAAGUACCUGGCAGAGAUGAAUUAUGUGCAUCGAGAUCUGGCUGCCAGGAACAUCCUGGUCAACAGCAACCUGGUGUGCAAAGUGUCCGACUUCGGCCUCUCGCGCUACCUGCAGGACGAUACGUCUGACCCCACCUACACCAGCUCCUUGGGGGGCAAGAUCCCUGUCAGGUGGACAGCACCGGAGGCCAUCGCCUACCGCAAGUUCACCUCAGCCAGCGACGUCUGGAGCUACGGCAUCGUCAUGUGGGAGGUGAUGUCGUUCGGGGAGAGGCCCUACUGGGACAUGUCCAACCAAGAUGUCAUCAACGCCAUCGAGCAGGACUACCGGCUCCCACCGCCCAUGGACUGCCCGGCCGCCCUGCACCAGCUGAUGCUGGACUGCUGGCAGAAGGACCGCAACACCCGCCCGCGCUUCACCGAGAUCGUCAACACCCUCGACAAAAUGAUCCGCAACCCGGCAAGCCUCAAAACUGUGGCGACCAUCACCGCCGUGCCUUCUCAGCCCCUCCUCGACCGCUCCAUCCCCGACUUCACUGCCUUUACCUCAGUAGAUGACUGGCUGAGCGCUGUGAAGAUGAGCCAGUACCGGGACAGCUUCCUGACCGCUGGCUUCACCUCCCUGCAGCUGGUGGCCCAGAUGACAUCCGAAGACCUCCUGAGAAUAGGGGUGACUUUGGCUGGGCACCAGAAGAAGAUCCUGAACAGCGUCCAGUCCAUGCGAGUACAGAUGAGCCAGUCUCCGACCUCGAUGGCAUGACGUCCCUUGUCCCGCGGGGAGGGGCCGGGGAGGGCACAGUGGAGGGCACAGGUGGGAGGGGAGGAACUGAGGCGGGGCAGCGCUGCGAGAGGAGCCGCCGCUGCCUGGGGACUGCCACUGCAGCCGGAGGAUGUUCCUGGGACUCACCUCUGACUGGUGACUUCCGUUCCUCACCAACAGAAGCACACUUACCAAUGUCAUGGGGGACAGCGUAUAAAUACGUAUAAAUAUGUACAAAUCAUAUAUUUAAAAAGCAAAGCAAAACAAAAAAAAUCAUAAAAAACAAUGAAGACAAACCAAUGUGCGUUGGGGAAGCAAACCCAAACCCUAGAGACCAGACUCCAAUCCCACCACCAGUGAGCAGUGGUCGAAACUGAGAAGGAGGAAGGGGCUGUUGGGGAAGGGAGAGGCAUGAGAUGGAGCAUCCUGUCCAGAGGAACCACCUUCCUUUUUCUUCUUUUGCCCUUCCUCCCUGCCCCGGCCCUCCCAGUUUACCCCGCUCCCCUCUCUGCUCACGGACUGGGUGGAAGUGUCCUCAGAUGUCUCUGCAGCUCCCUGCCAUCCCACCCGGGUGCCGCUCCGGCAACUACCAAAGGACUUCACUGACCACUGCAUGGGGGAUCCUACUCAAUCCAGUUAAUGUCUUCAUAUUGAAGAAGAGAUGUACCUUCAAUAGAAAACCUUGGGUUUUGGUUUUUUUUUUUCUCUUUUGCUUGCAUUUUUUUUGCAAAAAGGAAAAAAAGGAUUAAAAAAAACACAAACAAACUCUCCAUCCUGGAAAAUGGAAAGAGGUGUUCCCGUGUGUGUGUGCGCGCUCGUGCGCCUGUGUAUGUUGUCAACCUUCCGUGGACUCACUGCUUGUCCAUGACCGAAGACCAGCGCUGACCCUGCAGCCAGCGGCCGGCCCGUCCCUGACUCGGGCCAGGGGUUGUGCCCACAGCCCCCAGGGGCAGGAGGCAGCCUGGAAGCACCUGGUGAUGAAGGAAGUGCUCAGCAUCCUGCACAUGGGGAGGAGGAUGCCAAGGGCCGGCUGGCACGGUGGGGAUGGGACGGGACUGGAGGAGCCACCGCGUGGCUGUGACUGGGUUGGUGGCUGCUGGAGGAGGAGAGAUGCUCUGGGAAAUGGACUGCUCAGGCCUCCAGGGCCUCAGUGAUGUCUGGAAGAUGGCUAUGGAGGACUUUUUCCCCCAUCUUGUGGACCUAAGGAUUUUGAUAUUGAUUUACGGACUUAGGUUUCAUGGCUUCAGAGGGGCGUCGAGUGCAGCAUUGCAGCGGGGCAGCAGCGUCGGAGAGGGGGCCCCAGGGCCGCUUCCCACCGCAGGAUGCUCCGGGAGGUCCCGCAGCGCCCCGGUCCCCGUCCCCCCGAGCCGCGGCGUGUCCCGGGCCAGCCCUACCCUGUCCUGUACAUAACCAGUGAGAUGUCUGUAAAAGAUUUCAACCCUCGGAAUUUUUUUUGCAGCCCCCUCUCCCCCUCCCCUUCUUCCCCAAUUUGUUGAUUGUGUUGAAAUUGUCGGAGUUUGUAACAGUAUCUUUCAGAGAAUAUUGUACUAAAGAGAAAAUUGCACUCAAUAAAAAGGAUGAAAUAA